GCCUGCAUUGUGCAGGACUUAAUUUUAAGCUGUUUGUAACAGGAACGUUUAUUUUCUGGUGCAGUUGUGGAGGGAAACUUUCAGUGAGAUUAUUGAAUAAAGACGGAGUUAUCAGUGGCAGAGGGAAAAGGAUAACUUUCACCUGCAAUUUGUUCCCUUGAGACACCUGAAGGAUGCAGGAUUCUCCCGAGUGAGUAGGAACGCGAACGAAACGCUGCCUUUCCAGGGUCUUCUCCAGGCGCAGGUGAUCCUCGUUACCCGCGAGCGGUUGCUGGAUGCAGUUUCCUCGCCCGCGUUUGAAUGAUGAUGAUCCCAGGCAAGAGUGAAUCAGCGUAACUUUUGCUCGGCGAGAGGACAAACUUUUUACCCCUCAUUGAAGGCAUUAAAACACACGUAGCACCUAAAAGCAGAAGAAGUUGGUUUUAACGCUGAAGUUCUCCACUUCCCUGGGAUUUGUGUGUGUCACUUGCAGAGGCUGCGUGUUUUUCUUCUCCUCCCGCAUCCCCCCCCAAGGAAACUGUUGCCAGUUGGAAUAGACUUUUUAAAUGUUUGGGAUUCAAGAUACUUUAGGAAGAGGACCAAUUCUGAAAGAUAAAUCUUUAGGUUCUGAAAUGGAUUCCGUCAGGUCCUGGGUCAGAAACGUUGGGGUUGUGGAUGCAAACGUAGCAGCACAAAGCGGAGUGGCUUUGUCCAGAGCUCACUUUGAAAAGCAGCCACCCUCCAACUUGAGGAAAUCCAAUUUCUUCCACUUUGUUCUGGCUCUCUACGACAGACAAGGGCAGCCUGUGGAAAUAGAGAGGACUGCUUUUGUGGACUUUGUAGAAAACGAUAAAGAGCAAGGCAAUGAAAAGACAAACAACGGCACACAUUACAAACUCCAACUCCUUUAUAGCAACGGUGUCAGGACUGAACAGGAUCUGUAUGUUAGACUCAUUGAUUCAGUCACUAAGCAGCCCAUAACUUAUGAAGGACAGAACAAGAAUCCUGAAAUGUGCAGAGUUCUGCUCACUCAUGAAGUCAUGUGCAGUCGGUGCUGUGAGAAGAAAAGUUGUGGCAACAGAAACGAGACUCCUUCUGACCCCGUGAUCAUUGACAGAUUCUUCUUAAAAUUUUUUCUCAAGUGCAAUCAGAAUUGUUUGAAAACAGCAGGAAACCCAAGAGAUAUGAGGCGGUUCCAGGUUGUGCUAUCAACAACAGUGAACGUGGACGGGCACGUACUGGCAGUGUCUGACAACAUGUUUGUUCACAACAACUCCAAGCACGGACGGAGAGCAAGGAGACUUGACCCCUCUGAAGCCACACCGUGCAUCAAAGCAAUCAGCCCGAGUGAAGGCUGGACAACAGGAGGAGCAAUGGUGAUCAUUAUUGGAGACAACUUCUUCGAUGGACUGCAAGUAGUAUUUGGAACCAUGCUCGUCUGGAGUGAGCUUAUCACACCUCAUGCCAUUCGAGUUCAGACACCUCCACGUCACAUUCCCGGAGUGGUUGAAGUGACAUUAUCAUACAAAUCCAAACAGUUUUGCAAAGGCGCCCCAGGCAGGUUUAUUUACACAGCUUUAAAUGAACCUACCAUCGAUUAUGGUUUCCAAAGACUGCAGAAGGUCAUCCCAAGACAUCCAGGCGACCCUGAAAGACUAGCUAAGGAAAUGCUAUUGAAACGAGCUGCUGACCUAGUUGAAGCACUGUAUGGCACACCACAUAACAACCAGGACAUCAUUCUGAAACGAGCUGCAGACAUCGCAGAAGCUCUCUAUAGCGUACCAAGGAAUCCCGCACAGAUCCCUGCCCUGUCCAGCUCCCCGGCUCACAGCAGUAUGAUGGGAAUUAACUCCUAUGGCAGCCAGCUAGGCGUCAGCAUUUCAGAAUCAGCGCAGGGGAACAACCAAGGUUACAUUCGUAAUACAAGCAGCAUCUCACCCCGUGGUUACUCAUCCAGUUCCACGCCUCAACAGUCCAACUACAGCACUUCCAGCAAUAGCAUGAACGGCUACAGCAACGUCCCCAUGUCCAACCUGGGCGUUCCGGGCUCACCUGGGUUCAUCAACGGCUCUCCAACAGGAUCCCCUUACGGAAUAAUGUCUUCAAGUCCAACAGUUGGCUCCUCCAGCACUUCUUCCAUCCUUCCAUUCUCCUCUUCCGUCUUUCCUGCUGUCAAACAGAAGAGUGCCUUUGCUCCUGUCAUCAGACCCCAAGGGUCUCCUUCUCCUGCCUGCUCCAGUGGCAAUGGAAAUGGGUUUAGAGCCAUGACUGGUCUUGUCGUUCCCCCGAUGUAAGGAAGAGGCAGCUUUGCUCCUCUCCCUCUUCCCUUUUUUCCUCUUUUUUUUCAUUUUUCUUUUACAGCACAAAACUACUUAUUGUGAUGGACCACUAAAAAGAAAAAACAUAGCACUACAAGCUCUUUUUUGGGGGAAAGCCAGGCCCAUGAAAAAAAAAAAAAAAGGAACAUUUUUUAUGGAUUGGACAAGAUAGAAGGCAUCUUUUACCUGUUUCAUAUUUCUGACACAACCACAUCAACUCCUAAAACAUUGUGAACGAAGAAUCAGCCAAGAGCCAGGAUGACCAACAGUUGGCAGAACGGAAUCAGAAAUGCAAAGUCUUUCUUGAAAGACACGAAACCUUCCUAAGAUUUGUAAAAUAUUAAAAGGAAAAAGAAAUUGGCAAAAUGAUUCAAGCUCGAUAUUUUGGAUACAAUUUGUUUUACUUUGUAGGGGUAAAAAGUUGAAGUUUCUAUUUUCUAUGGAGCCUUUCAGAUAUCGAUUUAGUUUAUGCAGAAAAAAUUCAACAAAACAGGGUACCAGCAUGAAAGAAUUUCUAGGACAAACUGACACGAAUGAUGGAACUUUGGUGUAUGUGUGUAUUUGCUUAUAGUUUAACCUCUUUAAAAAUGUAAGAUGUUUUACAAUUAUUUAAAUAAAUAAACUUGUAACUUAUUGUAUGUAGAGGUAGAAAUUAAACCUUUUUUGAAUUUUUUCCUCCAGUUGUACAAUGAAGAAAAAUGAUGCAAAAAUGUAGUGACAAGUUCAAUAUAUAUUAUUACUGCUGCAGUUGCUCCUCACUUCUUCCCUCUUAGUGAAUUCAUGUGCAAGGAUUUGUAGGAUCCUUUCUGAUUAACAAACUCAUCAGAAACUUUUAUACGCGUUGUGGUAUACAGGACACUAAUCCAUGUAUAAACUCUCGUCCUCCUCAUCCUUCCCCUCUUCCAUUUUUUCUUUCCAUUAAGAUAUUCAGGUACUAGGAUUGUCUGGUGAGUUUCAAAGACCCUACUGGCAAACGAGCGGCACUUGGGGAUUUGGAUGACUCAGAUUUUUCAUGCGGUAGUGAGUUUAUUUUAUACGUUCAGUGUAUGAAUUGGGAGGGAAAGGGCUCUCCGACGUCGUUUUUCCAUGUAGCUAGAACACCUUACGUUCAGUUAUGCUUCAUAGUAAGGGUGCAUUUAUAAAGGGUAAAUAUGUAUUUGAACAAUUUAUGCACUUUUAUCCUGAGUCAAUAAAAAUGGUAAGUAUUUUCCAUUUGUAUACUAAAGUUUAUAGAAGUCAUUGUUUUGAAUUUUUCUGCAUUUUAGUGUAAGAAAAAAUGAGUUCUCCUUUGCUUCUCCUCUUCUGAAACUGGAAGGUGAGAAGGCAACAAAACCAAUCACUUGUUAUCUGACCAAACAAGAGAACUUGGUAUUGAUCAAAGAGCUCAAUUUUGUUGGAAAGCCAUUUUUUGAGAAAAAAAAAAAAAAGUCAGCUAUGCUACUCCCCACUACAAAAUGUAAUAUUACUAUCUGCACAAACAGUUGUUCCUGUGAUGACAUCUUUCUGUUGAUAAACCCUUAGUGGACGGCCCCUGAAACCGCCUUUGUCCAUUUGCCCAGCACUUUUACUGAUGUGUAAGUAAAACGGGAUUGUUGGUGACCCAAGAUAUGGCGGGUGAUGGGCAGUUCAGUACUGCACUCGCGAUGGACAACACCUGUGACAACCUACACAGUUUAGGGAAUUUGGAGCGCAUUUGGAGCUCGUUUGGCUUAGUAUCAGACUAGGAAGUCUGUACCUAGAUCCAGGGGUCCAAUCCUGCAACAAUUAGGGACUAGGGCUUGGUGUUGUGUGUGGUAUGAUUUUGUUACGGACCCUCCCCGCGUGGACAGGCUUCUGGCCUAGGACUGCGUUCUGCAAAUGUGUAAAAAUCAUUCCUGUGAAUGCCCAGUGCAGGAAAGCUGACUCCCUGGGACCACACUUCUGAGUCAAACUGUGUGAGAGCAGGUCCUCCUUGGAGCUCGAUUUUCCUGCUGUGGCAUGUUCAGCUUAUGAGAAAUGUACUCGGUAUACACGAAUAUUGACAGGCUGCUUCUUAACCUGAAUGCAGCGCAGGAAAGAAGCCAGUGGCGUGCAGAGCCGAUGACACUGGCCUACUCCUGCCAUGCCUAGAGGCGAUGCACUUGUUGGAAGCAGCUCUGUACUGCUCCUGGCUGUGCCGUGACGCUUCACUAGGGGAUUCCUUGGGUGCUUUUUCAAUGCUAUUGAAUUCAUUUUUUUUUUAAAUGUGAAGGGGGGAGGGGGGUGUUACUGCCUUCUAAAACUCAAGGCUCAGUUUAUCUGCAAAAGUGGCAAUUAAAAGCCACUUUCAAAAGAGAUUAGGUGAGAACAACUUGUUUUUAAGAAGCAUGAAUAUAAUUAGUCGGAGUCUUGCAGUCAGGUUAGUACAAGUGUCUCAUUCCAGAAAUAAAUUCCAUGGAAUAAAAUAACUCACCAGUGUUAUGGACAUUCCCUGACACUGCAGGCUCUCUGCAUGCCCUUGAUGCCGUCAGGGAAGCAGCCGUCACUGGCGGUCAGCAAACAAGCAGCAUUAAAGCCAAGUGCUCCCUGGAACAUGAAAGAAUUGCAUGUGUUAAGAUGUCCGGCGUUGUGCCGGAGUACUGCCCUACAUUCACCUUUGAUAGCGCAGUAGGGCGUGCUAGCUAACCUGACAACUGCUAUUCAGAACGAGAAAAAGGAAUUGCAGACAUCCACGGUACCAAUACCCCAGCACAGCAAGCACGGGAGGUCAAAAUUCAUGGUUGGAUUUUGGCAACCGUACAGGAAAACAAAACAAAAACCAAAGCCAACAGCUUGAGGAUUAUUAAGGGUUGGGGUUAAGACUGACAGAAAUGGCAGUGAACGUUCCAUUGAGUCCCAUAUUCCCCAAAAGUCUCUUCAUCAGAUUAAUUUCUAAUAUAUCAUCUCCCUCCCCGCAUGUUCAUAAAAAACUCAAAAAGCUCCAAAGAAUAAAGGUUUGGGAUUGCUUUCCCCUGCCCCUCUCUGUACAGGCGGUGUUCUCAUUUUAUCUUUGCUGCUUAUGCCCAAAACGCCAAGCCCAGCAAACAUCGCAGGUAGGAAUUUCCAGACCCCAGGCAGAAGAGCGGCAGCUCGCUGUGACUCCUCCCGUUUUUAACAAAUGAGUUUUUCACUACAGAAUUUGGUCAGAAAGAUUCCCAAUGAAAAUCUGAGACGUUUCAAGGAAAGCGAGCUAUUUUGAUAAUUCCCCACCCUUCUUUUUUUUAUAUAUUGCUUAGUCAGUGUAGGGACCUAAAAAGAGAUUGAAAUCUCAGGAAGAUUCAGGGAAAAAAAAUAAAAAGGUUGGCUAAGAAAAAUAGAAGGGUCUGAAAUUCUCAACGUUCCUUUCACAUUUCAGUUACUAUUUUAUUGGCUCCGUCCAGCUGCACGUGUGGGAGAGCUGAGAGUCCAAAUGAAAAAAAGAAAAGAAAAAGAAAACCUCCCUAGAAAGUUACUUCAGGUACUUACAGGAAGAGAAACAAACGGAGCUGCCUAAGUGGGUGUAGACAAGGGAAAAUGACUCGUUUGGGUUUGAUUUGAGCCAAACAAAUGG